UCGCCAAGACUCAGACGCAGGGACUGAGGCGUCAGGGUUUCCAGGCAACCAUACCACCACGGCAGGGCGCAGUCGCACUCUGAAACUGACCGCGGGAUCUGAAGCCUAGCAGGAGUUAGGUGUGGAGAGUUAUGACUUGAUGGGGUUACGUUGGGGUACAUGCACAGACAUACAUUCCCUUCAUGAGCUUGAUGGUUUACCCUUUCCCUAUUUCUGCAUUCAAGAAAACUACCGUUAUUUUUUCGGUUAGACUUUCACUCCUUUGGGUAAGUUCUUCAACAGUUGCGAGUACACAGUUUUGACCUAUGAAGGGAUCCGUAAAAUCUCGCGAUACGCGCAGUUUGCUGGGGCGCCGUCAUGACUGCGCCUGCAGAGAGACUGGGGCUCUGACCUAACGUGAGUGAGUGAAGGACGAGCAUAGGCGGGGCAGUUGUCAGUACCCCCCACUCUAAAUAUCUUGCCCUGCAGAGAAAGGUCUCAGAAGUCGUCUGACACUAAGUUUAGGAAAACGACUGCUUGUGUUCUCUCUCACUGGGAGAAGUGCUUUGAAAGUAUUUCAUUGGAUAGCAAAAUGAAUAACAAAACAGGUUGCUUUUUAUGGAAGUUCAGGCAAUUCAGCACUUUAGUUCCAGCAAGCAGAAGAACUGUGAGGCUAGUAGAUCUUUUGGGAUUUUGCAGACCAAAAAUUGUUCAUGCAAACUGGAACCGAAGAAGCCUUUUUUUAAAUGACUUUGAUAAUAGAAUGCAUUCAUCUGUUAGAUGUCUCUUUCAGAAUGUACUGAUUUUUAAAUCAGGAGAUGAUGGCUUUCAAACAAACGGCAUAUGCACUGUAACAGUCCCUACAGUUGACAGAUUACUUUGUCCUAGAAGACUGUCCUUUGACUCAAAACACUUUUUUGCCUCUGUUGGUACAUCUGAUGAUGGAUUGAAGAAAAUAAACUUUCAUCAUGAGGUCUCCAAUGAAGAUGUUCUCAUCAAGGAAGCAAAACCAACCCCUAUAACCUUUAGGAAACUGUCUCAGGAGUGUAAUUCCCUGAGUGAUGUAUUAGAUGCAUUUUCAAAAGCGCCUACCUUUCCUAGUAGUAAGUAUUUCACAGCAAUGUGGACAAUUGCCAAAAGGAUAUCGGAAGACCAGAGACGCUUUGAAAAACAACUGAUGUUUAACCACCCUGCAUUUAACCAGCUGUGUGAACACAUGUUGAGAGAAGCCAAGAUCAUGCACUAUGACAGCCUCCUGUUCAGUCUUCGAGCUAUGGUGAAACUUGGAAUCCCUCAGAAUACUCUGCUGGUACAGACUUCACUGAGGGUGGUCCAGGAACGUAUCAAUGAGUGUGAUGAGAAGUGCUUUUCAGCUUUGUCAGCUGUUUUAGAGGUAAUGGAGCCGUGUAAGAAUGUGGACAUUCUUCGAGCAGGAUUGCGGCUGCUAGUUGAUCAGCAAGUUUGGAAAAUAGAACAUGUCUUCACGUUACAAACUGUGAUGAGAUGUAUUGGAAAAGAUGCACCAACUGCUCUUAAGAAGAAACUGGAGAUGAAAGCCUUGAGAGAAUUAGACAGAUUUUCUAUUUUGAAUAGCCAGCACAUGUUUGAGGUACUAGCUGCCAUGAAUCACCGCUCUAUUAUACUCUUGAAUGAAUGCAGUAAGAUGGUCAUAGAUAAUAUCCAUGGAUGCCCUUUUAAGAUACUGUUCAGCAUACUGCGGUCCUGCAAAGACCUCCAAUACCGUAAUUUAGAUCUCUUAAAGGGAAUAGCAGAUUAUGUGGCUUCAACUUUUGACAUCUGGAAGCUGAAACAAGUUCUCUUACUCCUCAUUUUAUUUGAAACUUUUGGCUUUCGACCUGUUGAUUUGAUGGACUUGUUUAUGAAGAAAGUAGUAAACGAACCCGAAUUCUUAAACAUGAAAAGCACUCUCGCUAUUCUCCAUGUGUAUUCUUCACUCAAUCACUUUGACAAAUGCCCGAACAAAGAGUUCCUAGAUGUUAUGGCUGGUGCUCUGACUGGUUAUCUUCCCCAGAUCUCUUCUGAAGAUCUGUUGUAUGGUGUGCGCUCGUUUUGCUUGAUGAACCAUUUUCCCCUGGCAGCUGUUGAUCAGCUUCUCCAAAAGGACGUCAUCAAUGAGCUGCUGAUGACAGGUGAUGUGGAGGGAAAUGUUUCCAAGCUUCAUCUUUUGGAUACUUGCCUGGAACUUGAUGAUACUCCUUACCACAAGCCCAUGGACCUAUCACUGCCACAAGGGCUGGCAGCACCAGUGCGUCCAGAUGCAAAGGUUGAGGAGGUGCUAAGUAGCCUCCUGGGAGGGGAAGGAUGCUUCUCAAAAGAUGUACAGUUGCCACAUAAUUAUCAUAUCGAUUUUGAAAUUAAAAUGGAUGCUAAUAGGAGUCAAGUGCUUCCAUCUUCUGACGUGGAUGGGGUAUCUGCUGCAAAUAUGCAAAGAGUAGCUAUACUGUGCGUUCGUAGAUCUAGUUAUUGUUUGAAUUCAACCCACCCAAGAGGAUUACUUGCCAUGAAAAUGCGGCAUUUAAAUACAAUGGGCUUUCAUGUGAUCUUGGUCAAUACUUGGGAGAUUGCAAAACUGGAGAUGAAGGAUGCAGUCACAUUUUUGAAGACUAAAAUCUAUUCAACUGAAGCCCUUCCUACUGCUGAUGUAAUUUCGCAAAGCGCACAUUAAAGUGAAGACUAGUUUUCCAUGGAAUCCACCUGACUGCUCACCAUAAUAAAGUGUUCCUUCAGUUCACUGUUAACGUCGCUUUAAGAAUGAAGAAAUGUUGCUGCUGGCAUUUUAGAAUAUGCAAAAAAAAAUUUUCAGAACCACAUAUAUUCCAUCUGGUGCCUGCAUAUUUGAUGAAUCAGUGAGCUGUUCGUUUUACUUUUUCUCGUUAGCUUUGAUACACUGAAAAUGGUUUCUUAGUUGCCAUGGGUCACCAGGGAAGUCCUCGUGUUUGGUAUCUGCAUUUUUACACUCCUUUAUGAGCUAGUUUAAGAUAACUUAAGGGCCAUACCUCCAAAUCGCUUUCAAGCCUUAGCCAGAUAGCAGUUGUCCCAGAUUCUCAAAUUGUGGAGUGUGUAAGAAUUAGCUGGGUAAAAAACCAAACCAAACCAAACCCAUUGCCGUCGAGUCGAUUCUGACUCAUGGCAACCCUGUAGGCCAGAGUAGAACUGUCCCAUAGUUUCCGAGGAGCGCCUGGUGGAUUCGAACCACUGACCUUUUGGUUAGCAGCGGUAGCACUUAACCACUAUGCCACCAGGGUUUCCAUUAGCUGGGUACCCAGAACCACCCAGUGCCGUCGAGUUGCUGGGUAGCAGGUCGAAAAUGUAGAAUCCUGGGUUUAGGGUGAGGAUCUGGCACUGCGUUUGUAGCAAGUACCUGUAAGUGAUGCUGUUGAAGGUUGUUCCUGGGCCAUCAUUUCAGAAACACAGAUGAGACAACACAUAGAUGGCAAGGAAUCUAAGUUUAUUACAACUGAUAGGCUGUUGGUUGCUACUGUUGUAACUCUUGCAGUUGUUGAGGUCAUUCCUUUUUCUUAACUUUCUUCCCCUUUACCCUUCCCACUAUUUCAUGAAGUCUUUUCAAUUAAAUACAUAGCUCAACUGUGUUGUGAGUCAGGCCUCAAAACAGUUUUUCAAUUAUGUUGUUUAUUGUUUUGUUCAAAUAAUUGUUUGCUAUAUACCUACCUACCUAUUAGUUCAGCCUCUGAGGAUACACUAACAAAUAGGCAUGGUCCCUUAUAAAACCUUCAGUAUGGGUGCCAUGUAAACUGAUAACUCAUCUACCCCCAAGUACCAGGUCUGCAGUUAUCCAGCACCUUACUGUGUGCCAGGCGCUGCUAAGUAUUCACAUGGGUUAUCUCUUCUCAUGAUCUUAACAACUCUUUGAGGUGUAGCUACUAAUAGGAUUCUCUCUGGGCCUUCAUUUCCUCAUCUCUAGUGUUGUUGUCGUUAGGUGCCCUCAGGUCGGUUCCGACUCAUAGUGACCCUAUGCACAACAGAACGAAACACUGCCCGGUCGUGCGCCAUCCUCGCAAUCGUUAUGCUUGAGCUCAUUGUUGCAGCCACUGUAUCAUUCCACCUCAUUGAAGGUCUUCCUCUUUUCCGCUGACCCUGUACUCUGCCAAGCCUGAUGCCCUUCUCCAGGGACUGAUCCCUCCCGACAACGUGUCCAAAGUAUGUAAGAUGCAGUCUCGCCAUCCUUGCUUCUAAGGAGCAUUCUGGUUGUACUUCUAAGACAGGUUUGCUCAUUCUUUAGGCAGUCCACAGCGUAUUCGAUAUUCUUCGCCAACACCACAAUUCAAAGGUGUCAGCUCUUCUUCGGUCUUCCCUAUUCAUUGUCCAGCUUUCACAUGCAUAUGAUGCAAUUGAAAAUGCCAUGGCUUGGGUCAGGCACACCUUAAUCUUCAGGGUGACGUCUUUGCUCUUCAACACUUUGAUGAGGUCCUUUGCAGCAGAUUUGCCCAAUGCAAUGCCUCUUGAUUUCUUGACUGCUGCUUCCAUGGCUGUUGAUUGUGGAUCCAAGAAAAAUGAAAUCCUUGACAACUUCAGUCUUUUCUCCGUUUAUCAUGAUGUUGCUUAUUGGUCCAGUUGUGAGAAUUUUUGUUUUCUUUAUGUUGAGGUGUAAUCCAUACUGAAGGCUGUGGUCUUUGAUCUUCAUUAGUAAGUGCUUCAAGUCCUCCUCAAUUUCAGCAAGCAAGGUUGUGUCAUCUGCCUAAUGCAGGUUGUUAAUGAGUCUUCCUCCAAUCUUGAUGCCCCAUUCUUUUUCAUAUAGCCCAGCUUCUCGUAUUAUUUGUUCAGCAUACAGAUUAAAUAAGUAUGGUGAAAGAAUACAACCCUGACGCACACCUUACCUAACUUCAUCUCUGAUAGGAUUAAGUUAUUUGCCCAAGGCUACACAGAUAGUAAGAUGAUAGGGCUGAGUUUGAAGCUGAGCUUAAGAGAAAGUUGAGGACCUCCACAUUGGCAAAAAAGAGCUCCAGCAAUAUAAUCGCAGCCGUUAGAGGUUUUAGGUUUUAUCCCACCUACAUUUAGAAAAAGAGCUGGAAGGACAUUUAGUGAUCCUUCAGUAUACAUCUACCUCAUUUUAUGGACAAGGAAGUUAAGGCUUGAAGAAUCUGAUUUUUCUGAAGUGUCAGCUACAUCACUGAUUUCCACAUUGUUUCAUCUUCUGCAGCUCUUCAGCUUGUGUUCCAGGACAUCUGGAUUCUGGUUCCAGAUUGGGCAUCAUCUCGUUUGGUGUACUUGGCCAAGUGAUUUAACCUUUACGAAUUUUAGAACAUGAGAUGAAAAUAUUCCAUUAUAAAAAGUAAGGUACAUGCUUUAAAUGUUAAGUGUGUAUCAGCUUCUUCUAGUGGCUAAUUAGGAUCCGUAUUCAAAGGACUGGAUGGUUUAGUCACAUUUAUGAAUACUUAAAACCAACUUUUGGGGUAAUAAUUUUCUUGAGUUUGUACCAGUUGACAUGGCAGAUAAAGACCUUCCUGUUUGACCAUAUCACUAGUGUUAGCUUUCUUCAUUGCUUUGAGAUUCAGGGUGUAGUGUGGUGGGAAGCAGUUUGUUUUAAGUGAUAAUAUAUAAGUCUUCUCAGGAUUAUGAAUAUAAACCUUUACUUCCCACUCCAGGAAAGUAUGUAAACAUAUUCUUGUAUUCAAUGCUCAACAACAAAAACUCAUGUCCCCAUCUCACACAAUGAGAAAGGAAUGAUAAAUAAGCAAAAAUUGGGAGUUUAUAAAUCACAAAUCUGCAAAUCCCAAAAUAUUUUAUGUCUUAGUACCACUAUCUCUAUUUUAAAAAGGAUGAAAUUAACUUAUUUUACUGCAUAAGUAACUAAAAGAGUGAAUAUGAAAAGUAUAAGUUGACAUGUUUAUGUCUAUAGCUUGCUUGUGAUAUAGUCUUAAUGGUAGUAAGUCAGCCAACUCGUGAAAGAAAUUAGGUGAUUGUGAAAGACUUCAGUGAUUUUUAUGUCUAGUUCUGUGUUCUGACUUUGGGCUUUUUUUGUUUGUACAUGUUUGGAGCAAUGCUAAGAUAUAGUUUAUUUCGGAUUCUUGAACUUCUUCAAAAUGUCUACUGUAUAUUUUGCAAAUAAUGUGCCCACACAUAUAAUGUGUAGCAUAACUCACUUAGAAAAAUAGCUAGGAGGUUGCACAGUUGGCAAAAAACAUGUAAUGUGCAUGUUAUUUGCGUAAAAAUGCGGUAUUCAAGUUAUAAGUACAUCAAAAAAUAUACUUGGAUAUAUAUCAAUAUAUAAAGGUAAAGAUCAAACCCAAGGGGAAAAAGUAGCCCAUUUAUGACAAAUAUGUACCUAUAAAGCUCCUACAAUUUGAUAAGAAACAUAUGAACAUUACAAAAAAAAAAUAAGUGGACAAAGAACAUGAGCUUAUCAACAUGAAAGAAAUUCAACUAGUAAAGACAUGUGCAUUCAAAAGGAGUUAUUUUUGCCUUUCAAACUUACAGAGCUUUUCUUUUUUUCCUUUAAGACCUACAGUACUGACAAAGGUGCAGUGAAACAGGCAUUUGCGUUUGCUGCUGGUAGAAUGUAAAUUAACACAACCUUUUUGGAAUGUACUUUGUGGCUCUUCCCCUUCCCCUGUAUUUUUAAAAAUAGGGUAUAGGGUUGCUGUGAGUCAAAAUCGACGGCAAUGAGUUUGGUUUUACUGAGGUAUAAUUGACGUACAAUAAAUGCAUAUAUUUAAAGUGUAUAAUUUGAUAAGUUUUGACAUGUAUAACCAAACCCACUGCCGUCACGUCGAUUCCGACUCAUGGCAACCCUAUAGAACAGAGUAGAACUGCCCCACAGAGUUUCCAAGGAGUGCCUGGUAGAUUUGAACUGCCGACAUUUCGGUUAGUAGUAGUAGCUCUUAACCACUACCCCACCAGGGUUUCCCUGAUGUGUUUAUAUAGCCAUAAAGCCACCACUACAAUCAACAUAUUCAUCACCCUUAAAAGUUUCUGCCCUAUAAAAGUUUAUUAUAACAAAAAAUUAAAUCAGUAAAACCCAAAGUAUUAAGGAAGAUAUUAAAUAUUGAUUUUGUAUAAAAUUUACAGAUACAUUUUUUUUUUAAUCUUGUUAAUAAGAAGCCCUUUCUUCCUCCAUCCCCGAGAAACCACUGGUUUGCUUUCUGUCGCUAUGGAAUGCCCUUUGGCUGUAUAUAUCCAGAGUCUAGAAAAUGCUACCUGUCGACAUUGACCCAGGAGUUAGAUUUUUAAUAAUGUGUGUGCCUGUUACAUAGUAUACAUUUGAUAAGUAUUUCCAUUAUUCCUACAUAUGUGCAAGGAUGCUCAUCACCUUGUUAAUAUGAUAUUUUCAUGUCAUAAAAGCCAAACGGAAACUAAAGCGUUUGUCGUUAAUAGAAUAGCUAAUUACAUCGUUAUUUUCUAAGACCUUGCUACUCAGAAGCUUGUCAGAAAUACACAGUCUUGAGACCCAUUUCAGACUUGCUGAACCAGAACUUGUAUUUUAACAGUAUUCCCAGGUGUUUUCUAUGCUUAUUAAAGUUUGAGAGCACUGUUCUAAGACAUUUUAAUAUUUUUAAAAUAUGUGAAUGAGCCAUAAUACACCUAGCAACAGGAAGAUCUCAUAUUAAAUGAGAAAAUCAAUAUCAGCUAUAUAUACUGGGAUUCAAGUUUAGUUUUUUAAAAACAGUACCAUUUAAAUGAUGCACAGAAAGGCAUGAAAAGAUAGGAAGUAAAGUCAUAAAAAGGUGGAAAGUGGUAUUUGAGUAAAUUCUGGUAUUUCUGAAUUGAGAGUGAUUUCAAUUUUCUUUAUACUUUUUUCAUAUUUCAGAAAUGAAUAUGUAUUACUUUUACAAUAAAAAAACAAAUUAUUAGUUUAUCCCAAUCAAUUUCUAAUGUUUGAUUCCCCAAAUAGCAUUUUAGCAAUCAAUGAUAACCACUAUGAGCUUAAUAUGUACCAAGAACUCUGGCAAAACGUAAAGAAGUGAAGACAGAGGCCUUCUCAAGGAACUUACAGUCUUGUUGGAGAGAGAAGAUGGCAUUGAUUGCAUGCUAAAAGAUAGCCUGGCAUAUGGCAAGGCUCAAACCCGAAGAUAAGAGGCAGUUAGAGAGGAAAGAGGUCACUGAGUUGGGUUUUCAGAUUUGGCAAUGUACAAAAGGAGACUGUGGUCUAAGAAUUAUUUCUUUCCAGGUGUUUAUGGGAUGGAACAGUGGUAGAGGUUCAAGUGGUAAAUUCUGAUAACUAGAUUUUAAAAAGUAAAGGAGCCAAGAGUAUUAUCCUCUGCCUAGAAUGUUAGUAUUACAGAAAGUAAAUAAUUUUCUUAGAUUGACUAUGUAACAUUGUAUAUGUGGUACUGUGACAUAGAUAGCAAAUUGGCUCAUCUACUCCACUUCAACUCCUCUACCUUUUUCACAUCAUGGUGCACAUAGAAAAUGAUAGUAUUUCCAUAACAUUAAGCUAGAGAGCGUUUGGGGUGUCUAUUUGGGGAUUGGUAGAAAAAAUUGUCUUUAUAUUAGAAAAAAUAAAAUCAGAAAAAUCCAAAUAUUAAUAUUAAGGAAGAGAUUAAAUAUUGAUUUUGCAUAAAAUUUUCAUGUAUUUUGUUAGAUUUUUUAAUAAGAAGGUAGAUCUUGCUGUCUAGAAAUAACUAUUAAAUGCCAAGCUGUAUGCUUGAAAUGACUACAUGCAAUACUUGAUCAAGGCAUUUUAAUGACAAGCUCUUCAAAUUCUUGAUAGUCAAUAUUGACAAGAAACUUUAUUUAUAAAAGUAGCUUAUGAUGCAAUUUAAAACCAUUUGAAAAACUUGAAAAAUUGAAAAUUUAUAUCUAGAGCCUAACAGCACCUCGUUUUCUGUCAUUGACUCAUGUAAUGUUGAUAUUUUUUGCAAUAGUACAAAUGGAUCGCAAAAGCAAUUGAAUUUUUCAUAGUGAAGUAUUUUAAAGUAAUGAUGAAGUUCUGAUGUAUAGAAUGUGCACGUGUUAGAGCACAUGUGUGAACCUUGCAACUAGCUUGGAUGUCUCUAUGCAAAUAGACACCAAAAAAAAACCAAGCGAACCCUGUUGUGGUCGAGUCGAUUCUGACUCAUAGUGACCCUAUAGGACAGAAUAAAACUGCCCCCAUAGAGUUUCCAGGUUGCGCCUGGUGGAUUCAAACUGCCGACCUUUUGGUUAGCAGCCGUAGCCCUUAACCACUACGCUGCCAGAGCUCCCAAAUAGACAUAAGCAUCUGUAAAACAGAAUUAUUUGCAUCCAUCUGGAGCUGUACCUAUGGGCACCUGGGCUUCAGCAACCCCCGUUCCCAGCUGGCUGCUCCUUACCCCCUGGAACAUGAAAUUAUCCAGCAACUAGAGGGUUCCUUGGAAACCCUGGUGGCAUAGUGGUUAAGUGCUACAGCUACUAACCAAUGGGUCGGCAGUUCAGAUCUGCCAGGCGCUCCUUGGAAACUCUAUGGGGCAAUUCUACUCUGUCCUGUAAGGUCGCUAUGAGUCAGAAUCGACUUGAUGGCACUGGGUUCGGUUUUGGUUUUAGACGGUUCCUUAUCCACGAUGGUCAGUGGCACACUCUGCAUCAGGCUGCUUACGUAGAUGUUCCAGCUGUCAAGGGCAUUCUCAGCUCAGACACAUGGCAACAACACAUCACAGCAAAGCAGUGAGGACCAGAUACCUCUGGUACUCUUUGUCCUUAGGGUGUGCACUGUCAGACCUCACUUCCUGGGCUGCCUUCAGAGGUUCCCUAGAUGUGGCUGCUUGCAGCCGCAAGUGACCAGCUAAUGAGCCCUGGCUUCCCCAGCCCCUUUGUGGCUACCUAGAAGGCAGAGGAUAUAGGUGUUUCUUGGCAUGCAUGCAACUCAUUUGUGUGUGUUAUUUGGAUGUGCUAUGAGUGAGCCUGGGAAACCAGUCUACAUUUCCCAGACUCCCUUACAGAUGGAAUUUCAUAUGUAACUUGCUUCCUCCAAACAGAUGUGCCUGCUUGAAAUUAGUAAGACUGAGUGAGAUGGAGGCCAUGCUUCUGCUCUCUCUGCCAGCAAACAGUCAUGGAGCAUUUGAUUUUUUCUGCAAUAGCAGUAGCAGAGGUCCCAGGGUGUGGUGUGCCAGAAUAUGGAACAUCCAUUUUGUUGAUAGGAAUUGUGGCUAAGGUAAUAUAUCUCUAGAACCAGCAGUUAGGCAGCAUCUUCCUGAUUCUCCAGCUUCUGGGUUUUCAGCAAGAAUAGCAGCUCUUCUGGACAGCCUGUUCUCUGGUGGUAUUCUGGAAGUCAUUCCAGAAAGCCAUACUAAAGCCUUUGGAUAUUCCAAUCAUCUUGUAAGCAUGGGGAGUCUUACCUGAACGUCCUGAAGUUAACAUCCAAGCAUUUUCUGUUUAAACUAAAGUGGUUUCUGUUAUCAGUGUCUAAUCCUGAUUGAUACAGACAUUAUAAUAUAGGCAUAUAUGUAUGUUGUAGAGCCAAAACACAUAAUACCUUUCUUUAAAAGUUUUUGAGUUUUGUUUUAAAGACUUUCACUCAAGGUUAGAGACACAUAUCAUGUUACUUAGACCCAAUAGGCGUUCCUGGCAGGUGCAAAUGGUUAAUGCACACAUGGGUUGGUAUUGACUCAAUGGCAACUGGCUUUGGUUUUUAAGACCCACUAGGAACAUCCCAUGGAGACCUAGUGGUGCAGUGGUUAAGAAUUUAGUUGUUAACCAACCAAAAGGCUGGCAGUUAGAAACCACCAGUUGCUCCUUGGAAACCCUAUGGUGCAGUUCUACUCUCUCUUAUAAGGUCUCCAUGAGUUGGAAGCAACACGAUGGCAAUGGUUUUUUUGGGGGGG